AUGUCAGGAAGAGGAGGAAAGAGAGCAGCUGCUGCAAGGGAGGAGGAAGAGAGUGGGGCUGAUGACAGUUAUGCUCAACAACCGCCGGCCAAGAAAUUCGCCAAGCCUGACAACUCAUCCUCUGAUAGCUCUGAUGGCAUCGUUGUUUGUGAGAUAGGGAGGAAUAGGAGAGUGACAGUGAGGAACUGGAGAGGAAAGAUUAAUGUUGAUAUUCGUGAGUUUUAUCCCAAAGAUGGCAAUUUUCUCCCUGGCAAAAAAGGUAUUACCUUAUCGCUGGAACAGUGGAACAUGCUCCGUGAUCAUGUGGAAGAAAUUGACAAGGCACUUGAUAUAGUAGUUGACGGUUUAUGUAUAACUUACUGGUUUGAUGCGAGUCAGGGUUAUGUAGAUGUAAUUCAGUGUUUUGGUGCGAGUCAACAGAUGAGUGUGGGGAAUACUGGAUAUGAUUUCAAAAUGAAAGGGCUCAGGGAAAACAGGGAGAUGAUGGAUGAUAUGUUGGAGGAUACGUAUCAUCCUCCAGAUGAAAACAAAGGGUUCUAA